CCCUGACGUCAUUGCACAUCAGUUAUUAAUAAAGGGGCGCGCGGCGGCGCAUUCUUCUCCUCAAGCGGAGCGGGAAGGAUCGGGGUCGCGCGCUCUAAAGCUUCUUCAUUAAUAUUUGAGAGAUUCACACAUCGGGACGUGGUUGACAAAAAGAAAAACCUUCACACUUCACAUGUACUGUGUUUCCGUCGCCCACCGGCUCCCGAAACGUAAAAAAACCCACCAUGGCACCGUACGGUUUGGACACAGAUGAGCAGAAGACGUCGACCCCAAAGCGCGAGGCUCUCCCAGGUGUUGUGACGGCUCUCCGGUAGCGCGCACGGUGCUAUGAAUGAAUGAGAGCUGUGGAGAGCAAAGAUGUCGGUGCCACUGCUAAAGAUCGGCGUGGUGCUCAGCACGAUGGCCAUGAUCACCAACUGGAUGUCGCAGACGCUCCCAUCACUCGUGGGCCUCAACGGCACGGCGCUGAGCGCGGCUCGGACCCCUUACCCAGACCGAAGCAUAGGAGUUUUGCCCUCUAACCUGGAUGAAACAUGGCAAGUGUACAGCUCAGCUCAGGACACUGAGGGAAGAUGUGUGUGUACCAUUGUUGCUCCCCAGCAUACUAUGUGCUCCAGAGAUGCCCGCACCAAGCAACUGAGGCAGCUCCUGGAAAAGGUGCAGAACAUGACCAAGUCCAUCCAGGUGCUGGACCAGCGGACACAGAAGGAUUUACAGUAUGUGGUCAGAAUGGAGGACCAGCUCCGAGGUUUGGAAACAAAAUUCCGACAAGUGGAGGAAACUCACAAACAAAACCUCGCCAAGCAAUACAAGGCCAUGAAAGAGAAAAUGGCAGAACUGAGACCGUUGAUUCCUGUGUUGGAAGAGUACAAGGCAGACGCGCAGCUUGUUCUACAGUUCAAGCAGGAAGUGCAGAACGUGACUGCCAAUCUGGCAUUGCUUCAGCAGGAGAUGGGAGCGUAUGACUAUGAUGAAUUGCACUUGCACAUUACCAGCUUGGAGGAAAGACUACGUGCGUGUAUGCAGAAACUUGCAUGUGGAAAGUUGACUGGCAUCAGUGAUCCUGUAACUAUUAAAACAUCUGGAUCUCGCUUCGGAUCCUGGAUGACUGACCCACUGGCUCCCGAGGGAGAUCAUAGGGUGUGGUAUAUGGAUGGGUACCACAACAACCGCUUUGUGCGGGAGUAUCGUUCCAUGUCAGACUUUAUGACGUCAGACAACUUCACCUCCCAUCGCCUGCCACACCCCUGGUCUGGAACAGGCCAAGUGAUUUACAAUGGUUCAAUUUAUUUCAGCAAGUUCCAGAGCCAUGUUAUCAUCAAGUUUGACUUGAAGACCUCCACCAUCAGCAAGACCCAGAGGCUGGACAGUGCUGGGUACAACAAUGUGUACCACUAUGCAUGGGGUGGUCACUCUGACAUUGACCUAAUGGUGGAUGAACAUGGGCUUUGGGCAGUCUAUGCCACAAAUCAAAAUGCAGGCAACAUUGUCAUCAGCAAGCUCAACCCACUUACCCUACAGGUCAUUAAGUCAUGGACAACCAAUCAUCCAAAGCGCAGCGCAGGUGAAUCUUUUAUGAUUUGUGGCACACUUUAUGUAACCAAUGGCUACUCUGGAGGGACAAAGGUCUACUAUGCCUACCACACCAACUCCUCCAGCUAUGAGUAUAUAGAUGUCCCAUUGCAGAAUAAGUACUCUCACAUCUCCAUGCUGGACUACAACCCACGGGAUCGUGCCCUCUACGCCUGGAACAAUGGGCACCAAGUGCUAUACAAUGUUACCCUCUUUCACCUAAUUCACUAAUAAUAACUUUAAGCACUGAUCAUCAAACUUAAAACAUCACUAAUGUUUUAAGCAGUUUAAUAUCCAUUUUAUUCCGGUCAGACACAAAGCUGUGGAUAGACACUGAAUAGGAUGCCUGGAUGGGGCAUGAUGCACUCUCAUUCACACACAUUCACAACUAAGAAGAAUUCAACAUAGCCAAUCCACUUCCCAGCAUGUUUUUGGGAGGUGGGAAGAAGCAGGAGUCCCAAGCGUGGAUAUGAAGCAAACACACGAAACCCCAUACAGACAGUAACUCUUAGAAAAUGGAGGAGGUGCCAUCUGCUUCACCACCAUGCCUCCUAUAUAUACAAGCUCUCACUCUCUCUCUCUAUCUGACUACACACAAGCAUACAUACACACACACACAAAACACAUACCUUUUUCUGUGUGAAAGCAAAAAUAAAUGCUGAAAUACAUUUGCUGAAGACAAAAUAAAGUACUCAUUAAAAAUGAGCUAAUUAGUUCUAGGCUAAUAAGGGCAUUGACUGUUGGUUAAGUUCUGCUGUUAUUAUCUCUUGAGAUUUUACUUGAACCUACCAUUUCUAAAGCCCCAAUGUAUGUGAAGCAAUGUAUCCUUUUGGACCAAAGACAUUAAAUGCAUUAAAUGAAAGAACGGCAACAUUGUGCUAACAUACUGAAUAACAUAUCAAGGCAGACAUCCACUCAGCAUUACUGUUUCUACAUGCACUGCAGUGAUGCCCACUAAGGAGGAAGUUCAGGUAGAACUUUCAUGUGGGACUUUUAUUACUUGUGUUUGUGACUAUUAGUGAAAUGUGUUUUGUUUUGCAUGAAGAGUUUUAGUAUUGCAAGCAUUAUGGUUGGAAUGUUUAUACUUCUAUGAUCUAUAUAUGUAUAUAUGUUUGUGUUUUGGCGGAUUUUGGAGCCCAGGGCCGUGGUUCUCUUUCGUAAGUUGUAAGUAAGUUGUUAUGGAAAACUUCACUGCUGCAGUUCGUAUGUCCUGUCUGUGUCCUUUACCAACACCUAUAAUCUUUCAUUCAUUUUCAGUAUUUGCUUUAUCCUAGUUAGGGUUGCUGUGGAUGUGAAUAUGAGAAUACCUGGAUGGGAAAAACUCUCUUUAUUUCUAUCUUAAUUUGUUGUAAAUAAAUCAUUUUAUUCAGUUAUUCAUAACUUUUAGCAUGCUGCACAUGAAAUGUGUUUAGUCAAUAUUUGUCACUAGUUCUAAGGAUGGAGUCUGAAAAUGCAACAAUUUGGUCUUUAAUAUUUAUCACAACUUUAAUGAAACUGGUAAACAGAACUGUCUACUCACUUGAAGGACACAUAAUGUUUCUCUGGAAUUGAGGUGAAUGCUCAAAAUGUUUCCUGAUUCCUUUAGACCCUUUCAAGGGGACUCAAGCAUGCUACCUACAUACUGCCUUCUGAUUGGCUCA